UGAGCGUGAGCGUCGUGUUCGGGCAUCGUUUAUCCGCCAGGAGAGAAAAGAUGUCGUGCCUCAAGUGCUUAAAAUACACCAUGUGUGUGGUGAACUUCAUCUUCUUUAUCUGCGGCGCGGCUAUAUUCGGUUUGGGGAUCUACCUGAGCACCACGACCAAGUACGUGUCCCUCUUCCCAUCCCUGUCGGCCGUUAACCUGGCCAGCACGCUCUACAUCGUGGGCAUUUUCGUCACCUGCAUUUCCUUCCUGGGCUUCCUGGGGGCGCUGAGAGAGAACCGCUGCCUGCUGAUCAGCUUUUUCCUGCUCAUGUUCCUGCUCAUGCUGGCCGAGCUGGCGGUCGCCUGCACCCUGCUCAUCUACGAGGAACAGAUCGAUACGUUGGUUCAGAAGGAGCUGAGCAUGUCCAUCUCUAAAAUACACAACCACACCUCCGAUGAGACCAUCGGGGAUUUCGUGACCAUUCAGAAGACGUUUCAGUGCUGCGGCGUCAACAAUUCAUCAGACUGGAAGAGGGAACAAUUACCAGAUUCAUGCUGCCCGUCACCACCGUGUAAAAACACCACCGCAUGGCCGGGUUGCUUUAAAAAGCUGAAGGAUUGGUUCGAGAAAAACCUCCUGAGCACCGGGAUCGGCGUCGUCAGCAUCUGCUGCAUCGAGGUUUUGGGGAUGUGCUUCUCCAUGACGCUCUUCUGCCACAUCAGCAAAUCUGGACUCGGGUACAAAUGAAGCCCCGCCCCUUCCUGUCACGCGAGGGGAAAUUCGGCUUUCGUUCGUACCAGUACCGAGUCUCCAAAAAAUACUUCUGAAAAAUAAAAGGUGUCUGUAAACCUUUGACUGUAACUGUGGGAUGUAAAUUUGAAGUCUAGAUAAUACACAGAUUUAUUAUUGUACAUAGAAUUCAAAUUCAAACAACAUUUUUAAUGCUUUUAGAUUUCAGUGCAGUCACUGGUACUUUUUCUGGACUGGACUGGACGUCUGUGUUUAUUCUCUUCAUUUUAAUUCAUGUACAUUUAUUACAAUUUUAUAUAAAUAUAUACAGUAUGUCAUCGUGCAAUAUCUGACUUUCUUCUUUUAAAAAUGUUAAACUUUAGUGAUUUUAUAUUUUAUGUACGACAGCACAAAGAAUAAAUCACCUUCAUGUCGAGAU